AGGCUUUGCUCAGGGCGACCGGCGGAGGGAUCUCCGCGGCGGGUCCUGCUGGCUGUCAAAAUGGCAGCGCCCAGCAGGUACGGGUCCUGCUGAAGUGGGAGAUUGAGUUCCUUUCCUGAACCUCCACACUGUUUCCACAGCAGCUGCAUCAUUUUUCAUUCCCACCAGCAGUGCUUCGGGUUCCAAUUUCACCACCUAAGAGCAGCGGUGGCUCCUUGUCCUGUCUCGAUCCUGUCUCAUCCUCUACUGUGCCUGCUUUUCCCAGCAACAUCUUAUGAUGAAAAUACUCCAGCAUACAGAACAAGCUGAAACAAUUGUCCGCAUCUGCAAGCAGAAGUUUCGCGAUGGUUUGUUCAGCGCUCAGCAGAGUUGCUCAUGCACACAUCUGCCUGGUGAGGAGGGCCAGUCAUGUCUGCAGAGGGCACCAGCAUCGGGCGUGGGGCUCAAGGCCGAUUACAUCAGACUUUGCUGCUUCUGGAGCUCCGGGCAGUGUUCUAGAGCUGCUGGGCAAAUCCUACCCUCAGGACGACCACACCAACCUCACCCGGAAAGUCCUGUCCAAAGUAGGCAGGAAUCUGUACAACCAGCACCAUCACCCUCUGUGGCUGAUCAAGGAGAGGGUGAAGGAGCAUUUCUACAAGCAGUAUGUGGGCCGCUUUGGGACCCCGCUGUUCUCGGUCUAUGAUGACCUUUCUCCCGUGGUCACGACCUGGCAGAACUUUGAUAGCCUGCUCAUCCCAGCGGACCACCCCAGCAGGAAGAAGGGGGACAACUAUUACCUGAACCGGACUCACAUGCUGAGAGCGCACACGUCGGCGCACCAGUGGGACCUGCUGCACGCGGGGCUGGACGCCUUCCUGGUGGUGGGGGACGUCUACCGGCGUGACCAGAUCGACACCCAGCACUACCCAGUGUUCCACCAGCUUGAGGGGGUCAGGCUCUUCUCCAAGCAUGAGCUAUUUGCUGGCAUAAAGGAUGGAGAAAGCUUGCGGCUCUUUGAACACGGUUCUCGGUCUGCACAUAAACAAGAGACACACAGCAUGGAGGCCCUGAAGCUCAUAGAAUUUGACCUUAAGCAAACACUUAGCAGACUUGUGGCGCAUCUUUUUGGAGAUGGGCUGGAGACUCGAUGGGUGGACUGCUACUUUCCUUUCACUCAUCCUUCCUUCGAGAUGGAGAUCAACUUCCGUGGAGAAUGGCUGGAAGUUCUUGGCUGUGGAGUCAUGGAACAGCAGCUGGUCAAUUCAGCUGGAGCACAAGAUCGCAUCGGCUGGGCUUUUGGCCUAGGCUUAGAAAGACUGGCCAUGAUCCUCUACGACAUCCCGGACAUCCGCCUCUUCUGGAGUGAGGACGAGCGCUUCCUGAAACAGUUCCGCCUGUCAGACAUCAAUCAGAAGGUGUCGUUCCAGCCUCUUAGCAAAUAUCCUGCGAUGACAAAUGACAUUUCCUUCUGGUUGCCCUCUGAGAAUUACGCAGAGAUUGAUUUCUAUGACUUAGUCCGAAACAUCGGAGGAGACCUGGUAGAGAAGGUUGAUCUCAUAGACAAGUUUGAACAUCCCAAGGACUUGUGGAAGAAGCACCAGGAGGCUGCAGCUGCUGUUGUAGCCUGGGUGGAGGCGGUGGUAUCGGCAUUCCAGAGUUCUCGGACACACAGGACCAGCCACUGUUAUCGCAUCACCUACCGCCACAUGGAGCGGACGCUGUCCCAGAGGGAGGUCAGCCACGUCCACCGGGACAUCCAGGCCGCCGCGGUGCAGCAGCUGGGGGUGGAGGGCCGCUUUUGACGUCACCACGCUGGACCCCAGGGUCUUUGGAAAGAGGAAAAGAUGCUCUUUGAAAGCUGGAGCAUCAAGCAUCUUCUGCUAGAUGGGAACUUGUAGAAAAUAAAGGGUUACUCCUGAGAAAGUG